GUUGCUACUGCUUUCAGACUUGCAAGGCCAAACCAUUCCCCAAGCUUUCUCGUGCGUACGCUAGCGACCAUGGCGACGGAUCCAACCAAGUACAAGCUCAACCACUCCAUGAUCCGUGUCAAGGAUCCAAAGCGCUCCAUCCAGUUCUAUGAGUUUCUGGGCAUGAAACUGAUCAAUGAGAUCAAGAACCCUGACGCCAAGUUCGAUCUCUACUUUCUUGCAUACGACAGCCCAAAUGCCGCUUCUCACGGCAAUCACUGGACUGAUCGCGAAGGCAUCGUCGAAUUAACUCACAACUACGGAACUGAAAAUGACCCAAAUUACAAGAUCACAAACGGCAACACAGAGCCCCACAAAGGCUUUGGCCAUCUUUGCAUUUCGGUCGAUAACAUUCAAGCUGCAUGCCAGAGGCUAGAGGACGCUGGCUACAAAUUCCAAAAGAAGCUAACGGACGGACGUAUGCGCCACAUUGCUUUCGUGCUUGACCCUGACGACUACUGGGUCGAGGUCAUUGGCCAAAAGCCUCUCGAGCAGACUGAGAGCGUCAAAGACACGGACGUUGACACAUAUCGCAUGAACCAUACCAUGAUUCGCGUCAAGGACAAGGAUGCCUCUCUCAAAUUCUACCAAGACAUCAUGGGUAUGAAGCUCAAGCGCACGUCGGAAAACCCCACUGCUGAGUUCAACCUUUAUUUCCUCGGCUAUGGUCCGGAUGCACCAGAGGCUACGGCCAACGGUGUUAACCCCCUUGCGGACAAUGAAGGCUUGCUCGAAUUAACAUACAACUACGGAACUGAAAAAGAUGCCAACUUCAAGUACCACAACGGAAACGAUGAACCUCAGGGCUUUGGUCACAUUUGCAUUGCUGUUGACGAUCUGGAAGCAGCAUGUGCUCGUUUUGAAGAGCAGAAGGUCAACUGGAAGAAGAGGCUCACUGAUGGUCGCAUGAAGGACAUUGCGUUUGUGCUAGAUCCCGACGGUUACUGGAUCGAGGUUGUGCAGAACGAGAAGCUCAAGACACGUAGUCGUUGGUAAAAGCGCGGCGCCAAUCACCCGCGCAUCAUGUACAUAUCCCACGCAACACCAACAAGCCCUCCAAUGAAUGCAGUCCUAGGUUCAGACUAGCUGGCUACGCUGCACGAAUGAUGCACCCCGUGAUACCG